UUGGAGCUGGAGCCGGGCCGUUCCGCUUCGCCCCCAGCGCUGGAUACUCCACCUACCCCCCCGCCAGCACCACCUCAGGAAGCAUAGGCCUGGCGUGCAAAUCUUGUGGACUUGCCUUCUCGGUGUUCCGACGAAAGGUUGUCAAAUCACGUCUCAAAUCACCCACAUCUCAUACCAGCAGCUUAGCAAAUCUCUUGUGAAGGUCUGCUGCCUGGUAAAGGACAGAGGUGAUGAUAGAUCUCAGCGGUAACUUUUCAACAAAAGCGUCAGUGUUUUGAUAUCGUAUCAGCGCUUUCACAGCUGUUUGCAGACGCUCGGACGGCGUGACGGAUCUGCCCUGGCGACCACCGACAAGGAGCUGUUGGACUGAUCUGAGUGAAAUGGAUUGAUUGAAGAGUGGAUUUAUAAACAUGAUGGCAUUUGAGAACAAUCACAGAGCCGUCAAAGAAUCCAGAAGUGUUUCCCAAAGAGAUUGAAAGCAGAAAUUAAGAGAUGAAAUUGUGUGUCCAGCACUGAUGGGAGAGAUGCUCAGCAUCACUUAGAGCAACUAACCCCAAUGUACUUCAAUUGCUGAUCUCGUGAUACGAGUUUGUUCGCCAUAGACUGUGGAACAAAGUUAUUUAUUUAUUUAUUUGCUAACAACUUACAUUUAUGUUGCAGUUAUGCAUUUAACAGACGUUUUUAUGCAUUCGAAGUACAUUUUUAUCUGAUUCCAAAACAUUGUGCUGCUAACGCAACAGUAACUUUAUUUUUCAUUUAUUCUUUUAAGCAUCAUGUUUGUGUCCAAACAUCUGAUAAGCAGCAGAUUCAUGCCCAGAUAGCACAGGUACAUCUGUAAGAUGUCUGCUAAAGAUCUGGAAAACAUCUGCUGUGUGCAAACGUCUUAGAAAAGUCAAAAUCAUAAACAUUGUACGGUCUAAAAUGACAUCUGACAGGAGACAUCCCAAAGAUGUAUUGCAGAUAAGCAAUCAAUAAAAAUGUCUUGCAGACAUCUCACAGAUGUAUGUGUGCAUUCUAAACUAUAAACGUUGCAGAAAGGUCUUUUUUUGCUUGCUCUAACCUCCGACCGAUGUUUUCAGCGUUUAUCAGUCUCCCCUCCCUCUUUUUGCCCUUUCAGCACGUUUGCCUGGACUGUAAGAAGAGCUACUGCUCGCUGUGCUCCGUGCUGCAGGAGAACCUGCGCCGCUGUGCCACCUGUCACCUGCUGUGGAGCACGGCCUUCCAGCGGCCGCGGUUAAUGCGACUCCGUGUCAAAGACCUGCGGCAGUACCUCAUGCUGCGAAACAUCAACACCGACACAUGCAGGGAGAAACAGGACCUGGUGGACCUCGUGCUCUGUCAUCUGGGUGCCGAACUGGAGAUGGGGGAAGAUGAGGAAGAAGAGGAGGAAGCAGAAGCAGAGGCGGACACGGACAGCCUGCACUCUCUCCCGCGGUCGCUCUCCACCCCAUCUGCCCCUGCGGCGCGGUCCGCCUCGCAACAGUCGGCGCUGUCUGGAAUCGCCUCUCAGGGAGAAGCUCUAAGUCACAGCGAUAGCUCAGGGACAACCAGUCAGGACCAUGGAGAUGCUGCAUCGGUUUCUCUUCUAAACCUGGAACCUCAUGAAGACAUACUAGAGGCGAGUCCAGCGACACAGAGACGGGCGCGUGCCUCCCUCUCAGAUCUGGCUCAUGAAGCCGACAUCGAGAGUCUGACGGUACGGCAGCUGAAGGAGAUCCUGGCACGAAACUUCGUCAACUAUUCAGGUUGCUGUGAGAAGUGGGAGCUGGUAGAACGCGUGCAUCGACUCUACAGAGACAACGAACACAACAGAAGAUCAAUGGAAAAUGUUAGCAACAGCCAAUCUGCAGUCAUAGCCUAUCCUCCCUCUAUAUGCAAUGGAGGGAUUGGAGAUGGUGUGCCAGUGGCUCAGCUGGGCGGCGUUGAUGAGAACCUGUGUCGGAUCUGCAUGGAUGCGGUGAUAGACUGCGUCCUGCUGGAGUGCGGUCACAUGGUCACCUGCACCAAGUGCGGUAAGAGGAUGAACGAGUGCCCCAUCUGCAGGCAGUACGUGGUGCGGGCGGUUCACGUCUUCAAGUCAUAACGCCGGCCUCACUUCUGCUGGAACACCAAAACAUGGAUGGACAUAUGCAGUAUGGGGCGAUGACUGGACUAUGUGACUGCCCUCUAGUGGUGGAAACCAGUACAGCGCACACCUUCGCUGUUUAGAGCGUGACCAUUAUCUGCUGCCCUUUUUGUUUUCGUUGACACUUAUGCUUUUCAAUUCUGCGCUUACUAACCCAGGGAAGUUGGAGUUUAGAAGAAUAAAAUAUAUAUGUAUGAAAGAUUAAAUAGUUUACAUUCCUGUAAACAUUGGAAAUGUUUUAUCGUAUGUGCAAUAUUAGAAAUCUUUACAUGUGCGUGUAGAGAAACCGAUUGCCGUUAAGGUGCAUGUUGUCGUAGCAACACUGAAGACCAAUGCCGUGAAGGGGGAACUAGGUGCCAAAGUAGAAAAGGCUUCUGGAUGUGCUAUGAUAACUUAUUGUGUUAUUUUCUUGUUUUGAAUCCGCUUGUCACGCCACCGUUUAGCACAUGUGACACCAGCCAGCAGUGAAGUUAUCAGCAGCAGUGGUGACUGUUAGACUAAGAAACUUCAUCCUAUAUUUUUCAAGUCACUGAAAUCCAGAAUCUGCCUUCAUGUAGCUUAUUACUGGAAUCUUAAUUGACUCUGAAUCGAACAUGUACCUGUCAAACGUGAGGUGUGGGGUUUGUCCAGCUCCGUUGUAUUUUGUGGAUGAGACACUACAGUGCACCAAGUCAUUUUUGUUUCUUUCUUUCUAACAUUUUUAUUGAUCAAUUUCAUCAUAGUAAUUUACACUAACAGCCAUGUUUGCUUCGCAAGACAAGAUAUAAUAUCAUAAUAACGUGAUUACCAAGAAGUAUUCGAAUACUCAUGUGAUGAAGUCUCAGAUAUGAUUUGAGUUUUCAUCUCAUCAGGGUUUCAAACCACAGUUGAUGUUUUUAUAUCUAAAGCAUUUUACUUUGUCAAUAGCAAAAAUGUAAAAGUCUAAAACUAAAAUUACUUUGUGCACCUUUUAUUGGUCACAUGACAUUCACAAAAUAUGACAUCGCUGGCCAGGGGUCAAAGUAAAAAACCUGCUUCGCUGUUCUUUAUGUCGAGCAAUACCAAAACAAACAUCCUUUGGUGUGUUAUGUCAGAGAAAAAUAUAUGUGUGGACAUUUUCCAACGAUUCCCACAAGCGGUGCUACAUGGAUUUCUUCAUCACAGUUCUUCAAUGGAUUUAAAACAAAAUGAAGUUUGUUUUCUUCCCCUUUUUGUGUGCAUAUUCAUGUCUAUAUAUUUUUUAAAUGAAAGAAGUAGUUUAUCAUCUAUUUAGUUUAGAUGCCCUUUGUUCUGUGAAUUAUGUAAUCUGUGGUAUUGCCUAGAAAAACAAAUAUAAAGGAAAAUUGAAUUAAAUCACGAUAUACAUGUGAGAAACAAAUGUACAUUCGCGGAUAUAUCUACCUGUUAUUUUAACAUUUGUUCACCCUUUCAGCAUUCCGGGAUGUAAACAGCUUUCUUUUAGUAGCUUAUCAACCAGUCACAAAGAAAUUACUGUUCGGGUGUCACAUCCACACUUUUUUGUGUUAAAACAUCUCCACACAUGUGUACCCAUCUUUGACACUGUGCAUACAUGUAUGUUUCUAAUGCUGCUAUCUCUAAAAGAUGUCACUUACAGUUGGCAACUACUCUAGCUGAGCAGACGAUGGACAUCACACUCUUUAAAUUACUUCAACUGAACGCAGGAGGAUGUUUUGGGGUCUGGUCUUUGUAUUUUGGAAUGUUGAACUUUUUAUUUUGGUAAUUGAAAGAUGAUUUAUGAAAUUUAAUAAAAUAUGGUAUCUUGAACUAA